CGACAAGCAUUGGUCGAAUUGAAAAAUGUAUCCCAAGAAAUGAAGUAUGAAAACAACAAAGCAGCGCCAUUGUCCGUUAAACAAAAUGGAACGGAGAAUCAACUGGCAACGAGUAAAAAGCCUAAAGUGUUUCACAAACCUCACUCUAGCAGUUCGGUUUCAUCUUCUGAUGAAGACGGAGGUCACUCAAAACAUCGGGGUUUCUCUAGACCCGGGUCCACACCUGGACGGUCUGUGCCCGGUCACAUCAAAUCGAGGGCGCCUGGGUUCAGUUUUGGCUCUGCCAAGAAGAUUGUUGUAAAUAAGCCAAUUGCAAAGUUCGACCAUGAAAACAAGAGGAAACGAAAGUUGUUGAAACCUUCCAAAACAGCCUUAAGCUUGGUUGGUAAACCUUGA